AUGGAGCAGGUAUUCGGGUACGCGCGCAGGAUCCUCAAGGAGGUGGGGUCCGAGAAGGUGGACUACAGCAACGAAGGCUGCCUCGUGAGCGUGCAAGGACUUACGGCUACGGAUGAGCUGCUUUGCGACGCAGAUUUCAAUUUUCGUUUCACCAAUUGCGCCAAGAUCAAGCGGGCUGUUGAAAUGUACCAGUGGGUCGAGUCCUCGACGACGGAGGAGAGAGAUACUCCAGGCGGUGGCAAGGACAAGGUCACAACGUAUUCAUAUGACAUGCGGUGGGUGGGAACCCACAACGACAGCUCGACGUUUCACGAUUCAUAUUACCAGAACCAGAACCCACCUUUCCCGAUCGGGGACAGAGAGCUGGUGGCGAUGAGGGUGUCGCUUGGCGCUUUCAGUCUGACGAAGAAGCUCAUUUCGCAGAUGGUGGAUUGGCGGGCGGCGAACGAACUGCCGCCCAGUUGCUUUGCGGCAGGCCGAAGCUUCAGGCAGCAGGGGAGCAGCGGUGUUUACAUGACGAACUUGGAAGGCCAACCCCAACUGGGUGACAUGCGAGUCACCUUCCAGCAGGUCGAAUGUGGCAACGCCACAGUACUGGCGCUGCAGCACGAUAACUCCUUCACGGAGCUGAGCUACGCGAUGAUCCCGAAGCGUUGCUCCUGGCCGUGGUCGCCGCCUCCAGCCAAGGUGGAUCUCAGCCAGCCGCUGCUCGAGCACGGAAAGGACAGCUUGCCAACGAACCCUUGCUGUUGCAUUGGGAAUUGCAUCCAGAGCGGUGAGGAGCUCAACGAGCUGGCCGAAGCCCACCUCAGCGCCGGUGAGAUGAUGGGGCGAGCCGAGGGCAAGCAGAAGUGCAUUCACCUCGGGCUCUUGACGCUCGGGUACUUCAUGUUCUUCAUCGGGUUCCUCUUGCAGUUCCAGUUCGUCCCAACACUUUUUCGCAUCGUGCCUUGGAUCGGCACGUGGGUCCAGUAUUUCGGGAAUGCAGUUGCGUUCGUGGGUGCCUUCUUCUGCGGUUGUUUUUGGUGGAGCGGUACUCUUGCCUUCUCUUGGCUCUUCUCACGGCCCAUCCGUGCCAUCCUGCUCUUCUCUUUCGCCACUGCCAUGGUGGCUGUCCCUACCGUUCUGUCGCAGGGGCACUGA